UGCCUAUUGGUUGGAGGAUGAGUCCCGCCCACGUUUCUCUUCACCCCUAAAGUUUAACUGUCCCCUGUGCAGCGCGUGAGAGUUCCAGUCAAAGAUGGCGGGUUUGUGUGUGCGUGCAGUGAGGCAUAUUUUAACAACUCCUUCGCUUUCAAGGAGGACGCCGCGGCUCUUGUGCACGGCGGCGCAGCAGAAGAGUUCAGGAGGACCAGAUGAAGAAACUGGAGCUCCAAAACCAGAGCAGGGCGCCGCUGAGAAAUUGUUAACCGAGGAGAAAGUCCAGCUUGAGGAGCAGCUGAAGGAACUGACGGAUAAAUACAAGCGAGCGCUGGCUGACAUGGAGAACCUGAGACAGAGGGGUCAGAAGCUGGUAGAUGAUGCUAAACUUUAUGGAAUCCAGGGUUUCUGUAAAGACCUGCUUGAGGUGGCGGACAUCUUGGAGAAGGCGACGCAGAGCGUCCCGAAGGAGGAAGUGACCUCGCAGAACCCUCACCUGAAGAACCUGUACGACGGGCUGGUGAUGACGCAGGUGCAGAUCCAGAAGGUUUUCACCAAACACGGCCUGGUGAAACUGGAUCCGGCCGGGCUCAAGUUCGACCCGUACGAGCACGAAGCGCUCUUCCACAUACCCUUCGAGGGCCAGGAGCCUGGCACCGUCGCCAUGGUUACCAAAGUGGGCUACAAGCUGCACGGCCGCACCUUGCGACCUGCGCUUGUGGGCGUGGUCAAAGCUCCGUAAAAACCCGGUUUAGUCUGGUUCUGCUUUCCAGUUUGAUCCGGUUUGCCUGAACUUGACCGAAUCGUACGGACGAUAGCGGACUGAUCUGAUGUGAAUUCCUCUGAAUUAUAUCACAGUUUAUAUAAUAAUAAUAAUAAUAAUAAUGAUAAUAAUAAUGGAGGUGGAAGAUGGUGAGAGUGAAGCGAACCUGUUUCUGUUCAUCCGUGUAACAUUCAUUGUGUCUGUUUCUGGAUUAUAAAUGUACGUCUGAGAAAAGGGGCGUGUCCAAAACAUGCCAUGUGUGUAUUAAGAUGUGAUGAAAACACAAGCCAGUGUGAAUGCAUUUCAGACGAUGCUGUAAAGAAGUGGGGAAAAAAAAAAAAAAAAAAGGGUCCAUGAAAAUGAUGGUGAAAUCAGCUGUAGUAAUGUACAUCCAUGACUUUGUAUAUUCAGAUAUUUAAAUGACUAAUAUUUGUCCUGUCUUUUGUCUCCGCUCGCUGCUCUAACCAUCAGCUGUCGGGUAAAAUGAUAGAAAAUGCUCACUGAACAUGUCACCGGUUUCACACCUGAUUCGAGUGAAAGCGUUAUAUUACAUCUUACAUGUUAAUUAGCUUCCAAAUACUGUUCGUUUUCAUGCACUGUGUUGUACGGAGAAAAUUUAGUCACUGAUUGUACCUCAUUAUAAAUCGGGGGAAAAACCUGA